UGCAUCGAAUGCAGUACGCGCAUGCAGAAGAAAAGUGCAUGCCACUGGCACAUGUGCUGCGCGCGGCUUGGUCUGGUAUCACAGAUACAUCGCGGUUUUCGAGGUCCCAGUCUAAGUCGGUGAUUACACAGUGUGGGACUCGGCAGGUGAUACGGUACUUGGCCAAGAUUGAUUCGAAGCUUGUAUAUAAAUAUCCCCCUCAACUAGAUUACCAUAAAGGAGAGGGUGGAGGACGAAGAGGAGGUGUUAUUGCCAAUGAAUGGGUGUGAUUUGUGUGGUUAUUGUCUUUUUGGUCGGUGGAAUUUUUGUCAGCUAUUGGGGUAUGCAGACAGCCGUCAACUGCCUAACCCAUAUGGGCACAGUGGAGCUUUGGUACUCCGAUCCUGUGAGCGGUGCUGAGUGCGUCUCCUGUGCUUGGAUGUGAUAACAGACUUCAGGAAGAAAAACAGUUCAAGAGAUAACUCAUCUUUGGUGAGCCAGGGGGGACACACGGCUCGUUUUGCUGUUGACGUUACAGGAUUUUUGAUCACCGGCCGACUGAAGCUAACAGGAGAUUGAAUUUUCAGUCGGUGUUCCGAAGUAUAUCGGUGUUAUUCACGGCGUGUGUUUACCUUAGUUAUUCAACGCGUUUUUGCUUCAGCCUGAAAACUUUGAAUGUAUUUCACGCUACAGCCGGUCAAAAUGCCGCAGUCAGUUGCCACGGAGAACCGGGAACAGCACGGCCUGGACUCAGGCACGGCCUGUGCCGAAAGAUACCGCCUGGACUGCGACGAACGAGGAGGUGGAGGGGCCGCCCCCGACAGAUCGCCCUGCUCCCCCACGAAUCGCCAGCAGGCGCAACGGCUCCCGCCGUCGUACGGCAAGACCGGACGGGCCUGCCUCUGCGCCGGCUGCGGUGGGCCCAUCGAAGACCGGUACUACCUGCUGGCCGCCGACCAGCAGUGGCACACCGACUGCCUGCGGUGCUGCGAGUGCAAAAUCGCCCUGGAUAACGAACUGACGUGCUUCGCUAAAGACGGGGGCAUUUACUGCAAGGAACAUUACUUCAGACGGUUCGGGGUCAAGAAAUGCGGCCGAUGCGGCACAGGCAUCGCUGCCCACGAGAUGGUGAUGCGAGCCCGGAGCCUGGUCUACCACCUGACGUGCUUCACCUGCGCGAUGUGCAGCAUGGCUCUGACCACGGGCGACUACUUCGGCAUGCGGGACGCCCAGGUCUACUGCCGGCUGCAUUACGAAACGGCUGUGCUGGCCAGCCCCGAGCACACCCGGCACCAAGGCGAGCACCAACCCCUCCCUAGCUCCCAGCAGCAGCAACAAUCGCAGCAGCAGCACCACCCGGGACUGGCCCCAGGCUACCAGGGCCCUCUGACCCCCGGGCCGUCACCGCCGUGUGCCCCGUCCGGACCGGUCGGUUUUUACAACGGGAUGGGAGUCGGCGUUCACAAGGGCAGGCCCCGCAAACGAAAAGGGUUGGACUCAGUUGGAGACUAUUGCAGAGGUUUGGGAAGCGUGGACGGCCAUCUUGGAUUGGACGGGGACGGCUACGUGACCCAGCAAUCGCAGAGGACAAAGCGCAUGCGCACCAGCUUCAAGCACCAUCAGCUGCGGACGAUGAAGUCCUACUUCAGUCUGAACCACAAUCCAGACGCAAAAGACUUAAAACAGCUGGCUCAGAAGACGGGGCUGACCAAACGGGUGCUGCAGGUAUGGUUCCAAAACGCCCGCGCCAAGUACCGACGGAGCCUGCUGAAGAAAGAGCAAGGCGGCGGUGACAAGUCCGUGGGCUCUCCGUCCGGGCAGGGCGAGCUGAUGCCCGGCAACUCCGUCUCCUCCCCGUCCACCAACGGCCGCAGCAGCCCCACUUCCACCACGGGCGGCGUACCCAGCCUCCACGGCGGCUGCGACACGAGCAGCGGGUCGGAGCAGGGCUCCGUCAUCAUGGGCUCCCCGGUCGGGGAUGACGGCAGCGGCUCGUAUACCUCGGAGGGGCUCUCUUACAGCGAGCUCAAGAACGCAUCGGAGCUGUCCCCGGCCGUGGCCGACGAGGUGUUGACCAUCUCGGCCAUGCCUGCCCGCUCUCCCAACCACACCCUGGCAGGCGAUUGUCUACCCUCCCCUAACGCCCUCAACGGCAGUGUACUAAAAACGAAUCUUGUAGACAUUUUCAACUGACAUUAUCAUCAUAUCCUUGUCCCCGUAAAUUAUUGUUUGUGUUUAUACGUUCAGAGCAGCUUGGUGUUGUGUCACUUCAAAAAGAUCUCUCUUCUGCCCGUCAUAAUGUUUUCCAGGUUCCAAAACAGACCGAAAUUUAACUAUGUUGAGUCCCACACCCAUCAAGUAUUUAGAUUUUUCUCUGCUUAGUUGGUAUGAUUGUCGUGCUCCUGUUUUGUUGUGCACAGUUGUUCAGUUCGAAUUUUUAUAAUUGUGAAGUCUGAUUUCCGUGAUUUGUGUGGAGUCGGUUUUUUCUUAAGCCUCAAGCUUUGAACCUAAACCUCGUGCAGUAUCCGCCUCGAGCAGAAAUACCCCCUCAUCGGCUGAAAAGAGCCAUAUUGGUCAGGAGUGUUCAUUUUGUUGGUAACGAUGCGGCCGUAACGCGUUCAUUUCCUAUCGUUCUUGAACCAGCGAGGUUCAGUUCCGACCAAAGGAGCCUCUUAUGCUAGAAAAUUGCAUCCUCUUUCGGUCAAGCUCGAGGCUCAUAAAUCUUUGCAAACACCCUCAUCAGGUAAUUCCGUCCCAUCAACAGACGAAGACGCUUCUGUGAUUUUGUACUACAAUACGCCUUAAUUGGUCCUUUAUUUGUACGAGACACCUCAGGAACGACGGAGCGCGUUUUUUGCAACCCACAUUUUGUGGUUGAUAUCACAGUUUUGUACAGGAUGAUAGUAAUUAUGUAAAUAAAUUUUAAAGAUAUUACUUAACUGUCGUCUUGUAAAUAAAAUUUAGUUAUAUUAUUUUGUCAGUCAUGUGGAGGAGGAUGUUGACUGUCUCCGGAAGUUUUAAUGUAUCACCACGUUAAUUUUAGUUGACGCACCCUCUUAAUUGGUACUUUAUGAACAACAGGGGGCGUUUACAGUUACAACGUUGCCAGAGGUUUCCGAAGUCGAGGGCUGCGGUACAGAAACUGUAGGCCCAUUAGCAUGUUCAAUCUAAACAGUGAAAAAAAUUAGAUUCUUUGGUAAACUGCAUACAGAUCAUUGAUCCAGAAGUGCACCUUCUUUCCAAACCCUCCAAAGUCAGAAGCUAAAGAGUUACGUAUAACAGGUGCAGCGACGAAGCCGAUAUCUGGCCAAUGGAGUGGAUAUAUCUGUGACCCUGCAUACUUUAAGGUGCUGAAUUGUGUGGUGACAGACACAAGAAGUGUAUCGUAUGUUCAAUGUGUGUGCCUUUAAAUUUGUCACAUAAGGGGACAUUAAUGAAAGGCGUUGGAUAGAUUGCGUUUAUUUUUUCGACAUUUUUUUACUUUCAACUUUUUGUUGCAUUUUGACUUUUGUGUGGACGAUUGUCUUUGGAAUUGACGAAUUUCGUUUUUGUGUGAACGUAGAAGGUGGACUGUAACGAUGAUUUAAGCAAAAACAGAUAUUAACAUACAUUGUAUAUGUAAUGUUAUUGGCAGCACGUUGGUCAACCACGAGUCAUCCUCUCACAUUGCAAGUGGUGAACCUAUCCAAAAUGCACCUUCGUAAAUAAGAUACCCAUCAAUGCUAGUCUCCAUUGCGUAAGCUUGCGCUGGAUUUCGAGUGUUUCAGGGAGCUGUAAACUGCAAUAAAGAUCCAAUUUCAAUGUUGUGUCUUUUAUUGCAUGGACCACUGCGCAUGUUCUAAGGAUCUAACGAGGAUAGGCAGCGUGUUCGAUUCAAAGUGUGCAAGUAGUGACUACAGAUCACUUCGUGGAAUGGAACAUUUUGAUCUGUCACCGGAUGAAAUUCCUCUCACCUUUGCACGAAUUUGAAACACUCAUUAUAUGUUUAUGCAAUACCUGCAUAAAUCUAGCGUCAGCUUCUCCUGUGAGUUCUGAUAUUUUCUCUCCUAUCACAGUCCUCGUGCACUAACGUCCGCCAUUUUUUGAAACAGAUUUGUACCCGAGGCGCCACCUAGUGGAAGGAACCGUGCAAUCUUAAACUGGUUCCCGUCUCCGUAUCACUUUCUGCGUUCUUUGAAUUGAAUAAUAAUUGGUGGUGGGAACCAGUCAAGUGAAAUGAAGUUCUAUUCAACGGGUAUCGUUGAAUAGAACGAUCGACUAAUUUCAUGGCAUGUAAUCAACUAUCCACCAAUCAGAUGGCGCGGAUAUUAUGCAGGUGUUAUACACAGCAUUUAAUGAUAUUUAUACAGCUAGCUCCAUGGAUUGAUUACUUCUCCCGCGCUCGGAUUGCUUGGGAAUUGCACGCGCGCAUCAUGCAUGUUGGGCGUUCGUUAUGUAGACGCUGCAAAUGCACGGAUUUUACGACUGUAUAAUAUAUUACUGAAUUUCUGUUUUUAAAACAGAUAAAGCAGUUUUAAGGCACACCUAAUUUUGUAACACAAUUUAAAUUUUAUCCCUCCAUUUUUCUGUUUAAGUCAAAUAUUCUGGUUAUAUUAUGUUUCGAGAAAUGCAAAAAGAAAUA